AUGGGGGUAGUGGGGACAUGGGGUACGGCCUUCCAUUUCCCAAGGCCUGUGGCAUUUCUUUUUCUGUUAUUGGAGCUGCCAGCCGGCAAGGCCCUGGUCCGGGCAGUGGCCAAUGACAGUGCCAGCACUGUGGACUUCAGCGACGCACCUGCCCUGUUCGGGGCUCCCCUGUCUGAGGAUGGUGUUCGAGGCUAUUUGAUUGAGGCCCGGCCACCCAAUGCCUGCCAGCCCAUUGAGGGUCCUAUGAUAUCCAACCACUCCCUUGGCUCCAUUGCUCUGAUUCGCCGCUUCGAUUGCACCUUUGACCUCAAGGUCCUCCACGCACAGCAGGCUGGCUACCAGGCAGUCAUUGUGCACAAUGUCCACUCCAAUGACCUGGUCCACAUGGUGCACGUCUAUGACGACAUCCGGCAGCAGAUUGAGAUCCCAUCGGUCUUUGUCAGUGAGGCCACGUCCAAGGACCUCCGGGUCAUCUUGUGUGAAAACAAAGAUGCUCACGUCCUCCUCUUACCCAACCAUCAUCACUACUCUGAGCUCGACUGCCACCCCGUCCUGUCUAUCUCUUGGGUGCUGGGCCGCACGGUGACCCUGCUGAUGUCCACGCUGCUCAUUAUCAGGAGGGUCUGGCUAUACUGGUGCCGCUGGCGGGAGCGGGGCCCUGUGGCCAACCCCCCCAGCCAGAAGAAGACGCAUGCGCGUGCCUUCACCCGCCAAAACGACGUCUGUGCCAUCUGCUUGGAUGAGUAUGAGGAAGGGGAUCAGCUGAUGAUCCUCUCCUGUGCUCACAUCUACCACAAAAAAUGCAUCGACCCGUGGUUCUCCCAGACCCUUCACAAGACCUGCCCCAUCUGCAAGCAGCCCGCGGUCAGUACUGAGGAAGGCUCUGGCUCCAACCCAGAGAGCCACAGAGAGGUUGAGUGGGUCAGGUCCCGGCAGGCCCACCGGGCGGCAGAAGCACUGCCCCUAGUCCGUCCAGUGCCCUCCCACACGGACAGCUCCAGUCACAGGACGGAAGACUCAGAGACUGAGGAGGAGUCCCCCCUACCCUGA